AUGAUGUAUGACGAAGAAGGUAAAAGGUUGCACCAACAAAUCAAUGAUGAAUUAAAGAGAGUCACCUGUUCGCCUACAUUCAGAAAACAGGUAUAUAUAUUGGUCAGUAGAUGCAAUUACUUCAUAUAGAGUACUUCAUCCAUUACUGAAUCAAAGGCCAAACCAAUAGUGAGACCUUUACAAAGUAGGAAACAAUGAAUGUAACAGUGACCAUACAACCGGAGACAAAGGCUAAUCAUACAGUAACAGUUGUAUUGACUGCAUUAGCUGGACUUACAGUUUUAGUGGACAUCAGUUAUAUAAUAGUCUGUUUUAAGGCUCUGAAAAAAACAUUCCACAAUCUUAUGAUUUUAGCUAUUUUAUUUAGCGACAGUAUUCUUGGGAUAUCAUCAGCACUCUUUUCGUUGAGUUCUGUAAUACAACACAAAUUCAUUGGAUCCUGCCUAGUACAGAUCUUUCUUUUUUCAUUUGGUAUUCAAUUAAACUAUUGUUUGGUAUUCUUGCUGUGUUUACAGAGGUACUUUGUGGUGAAGUCAUUUAACUUUGGAACGAAUGCCAGAUUUGAUAGGAACAAAUUUAUACAUAUCGGGGUAGCUAUCUUACUCUCGUUCAUAUUUGCAUUACUUGGAUUGAUACUGACUCCAAAAGCUGAAUAUAUGCAGGUGUGCACAUCUCGUUUCGUAUUUGGAGAUAGUUAUUAUAUAUAUGUACUUAUUAUCUAUAUGCCCAUUACUGUGAUUAUUAUUGUUUUAUCGAUAAUGUCAACAAUCACAGGCUUUCGUUUAUGGAAAAUAUAUUUCAAAAGAACAAUUGUACCGAUUCAAGGAAUUAGAGAGGAUGUUAUCUUUUCUGAUCGUAUGCAGUCGUCUUGUUCGAAAACAAAUCAAUGUUCUAACAUAUCACAUAGUAAUGCUUUUGGCAACAAAAUACAAGAUGAAGAUAAGGAUACUGAAAUAUCGAAUAUAGAAAUUAAAAUUGUAACUUCAAACACCGAAGUCAAUGGAGAAGGAUCAGAGAUUCGAAAACCAUGCAAGAUGAAUUCCUGUCAGAGUUGCAAUGUCUUGAGUUGCCCAUACUGUCAUAAUAGCACGAUGAUGAACAUUAAGAAACACUCUUACAGCUCAACUGAUGAUAAUAAAAUAUCAGCAAAUCAGGAUAAUAAAAACAUGUUUCAAGUACGGAAAACAGUGCAAAGAAAAUCAGAACGUUCAAGCUCAAAGAAAAAUAAUUUCCCACAUAUGGAGAAUAGCAAGGAAAUUGUUGAUUUGAAACACUAUAGAAAUAGAAACCCAUUUACUACAUCCACUGACGAAGGUCGUUCAUUUGAUGCAAGUAGACGGCUGAAAAAGUCAUGGGAGAUCCGAGCAUUUUUAACUACUAUCAUAGUUGCUUUUCAAACUAUAAUAUUAACAGGACCUUUUGUAGCGUCGUUUUGGAUAGAGGCGUUCUCAAAUGCACCGUUAACAUUACAGUUUCGACUUUUGCUCUUUAUUCCAUUCUUGAUCAAUUGCAUAUCCAACCCUUUUAUAUAUGCAUGGAGAAUCCCCGAAAUUCGACACGAGUUUAAGAAGCUCUUUAGAAUAAAUAAUUGAUUACACUGAAAGUAACAACACUCAAUUUAUUGCAUGUAGUUUAUAGAAGAAUUAUCAUUUCGAUAUUGUUGCCAUGUCAAUAUGCACAUUUUCAUGUACUAGAUAUCUUUACAAAAUUUCAAUUAUAUUGUAUCAUCUGUGUUCCUUCAAUUUUUUGUUCUUAACAUAUAACAGUUUGUGUUGGUUAACCGUUACGGAAUAUCAACUUCACAGAUUCCGACGGAUAUGUUCUUAUUGUCGUCACCACAAUUCCGUUGUCUUUUCCUCGAAUGUGAAAUUACUGAAUAAGACUGAAAGCCGAUUUUGUACUGACAUGAACAACACGACGGGUACCACAUGUGGAGUCUGAUAUGCAUACCUUUCCGGUGUUAUUUAAUUUAUUAGGGGAGAGAGGUCGAGUUUCUAAGUAGUUAGGUUUUUAUGUUGUGUAUUGUAUACUGUUGUUUGUGUUUUGGUCGUUUUUCGUUUUUUGCCAUUGCGUUUUCGAUUUGUCAUAGACUGACUUAUGAGUUUGAAAAUGCUUUGUACUAAAAUUACACGCUGAGCCAGAUUUUAACGCGCUAGUUGACGGGGUAAGAUUCUGCAGGAAAUCAUGGCAGCCUACAGACACAUUUUCUGAUUCCGGGCCAACCAGUCUUUGCUUUUACUCCAAAAUGAUGCAUGUUAAGCGUUGAAGCCACAAAUCCAAUUUUCAAGUUUUUGGUUUGACCUCACCAGGACACUAACCCCCUAGCUCUCACACUCGAGGAGAGUACGCUAUUAGGAACCCAUCGCGGCAGUAAAAAAAACUAGUUAAGAAAAAAGAACAUAAAUUUAUUACUCCAUUUUUAUAAACAACACAUAUACAGGUUCAUGUAAACCAAUUUAAAUCUUAAUGAAUCGAGAAAUACUCACAGUUAAUGGAAUCAAGCCUUAAGCCUUCUUACAAUUGACGGCUAUAUCUCUGAGUACAUUUAACGCGACUAUCAAUUUACAUUUUUACAGAAUGUCCAGACAGAAAAUAAUACAAAAAACAAUUAAAGGUCUUUUUAACUUAUGAAUAAACGAUCUGAUAUCAGUUCUACGAAUAUAGCAUACGCAAUGAUAUAUUAAAAACAGUAGAAAAUGUAUCAACGAAGCCUAUAGAACUACAGAAAGUGUACAGGGACAAUUUCCUAAUUUGAGAGAAAACAUUGUGCAGGUACAAUAAAACAUGUCCUCAGACAAAUGAAGUAUACAUGCAUAUUUAUUUAAUAUCUUGCUUGUUUUUGCUUAAAAUGAAUAAUAUAAAAAUAAGGACAUGUGGUAUGAUUGCCAAUAAGACAACUAUCCAUAUAAAUCCCACGUCUGAUAUCAACCAGAUAGCACUAUUAUAUAUAUAUAAAAAUAUAUAUGAAUGUAAGAUAUAUAAAUCAUUUUAUUAAUAGAUAGUUUCCCAACAAAAACACAUAAAUGGGAACAAGAAUCAUGUCCAUGAUUGGUAGCAAUAAAGUUGACUUUAAUAUUUACGACUGUUUGUAGUUUCAUUUUCGAAUGUCUGAGAUAAAUUCCAUGGGAUACUCGGUACGACACAGUUUUUGUCAUAAUCAGUACGGCGUGUCAUCGAUGGGAUCGUGACGAUCCAUAGUUUAUUUACAUUGUUUUUGUAAAGGUAGGAACGCUCCAACGUUGAUAAACAACGGUAACAAUUCGGUACAGUCCUCUGGUUAAUUCGAAGAUAUUUAAUACUAGGUCCUCUUCUGAGUUUGUAAAACGUCACACAUUGGUAAAUAAAAAAAUAAAUCAAGCGGUUCACCCUACGUAUCUAGAAUCCUGCGGCUCUGGUUACUCCA